CCCGUCCCUCCCCUGCCUCCCUUCCACCACGUGCCAAUCGAGCUCAAGCUUUUUUCCUUCCUCGCCUUCAAUGGCGGGCAUCCUCCGCUUCUCUUCCUCCAAUUCAUCCCUUCCCCUCAAACAACUGUCCAAUUACCCGCGCAUUCCCUCUUUCUCGAACUUCCUCCAUCCUCCCAAACUCUGUUUCUCCCACUUUCGCUGCAUAGCCAUGGCGACGAGCAGCAGCAGCACCAAAAAUCCCUCUUCCGCAACUACUUUCCAGGUCCCAGAACUCGCCGCCGACGAAAUGGAAAGAAUGGCCGAGCAGACAUUUCAGAGAUACUCUUCAAAUACGAUCAAAAGAAAGGGAACAGGGACCGCGAUUGUUUGGUUCAGGUACGAUCUCAGAGUUCUGGACAAUGAGGCUCUCUACAAAGCUUGGGUUUCUUCUGAAUCGGUUCUCCCUGUCUAUUGUUUGGACCCGCGCCAUUUCCAAUCCACUCACUUCUUCGGAUUCCCUAAGACUGGAGCUUUGAGAGCCCAGUUUCUGGUGGAGUGUUUGGCUGAUUUGAGGAAGAAUCUGACGAAGAGAGGGCUGAACCUUGUGAUUCGCCAUGGGAAGCCGGAAGAAAUUCUCCCUGCUCUUGCAAAGCAGUUCUCUGCUCAUACAAUAUAUGCACAGAAGGAAACUUGCAGCGAGGAGCUAAGAGUUGAGAAGCUUGUAAGCAGAGCAUUGGAGAAAAUAAGUUUGACGACGACAAUGAUGGCUUCUUCAUCAGCUCCGAAGAAUCCCACACUUCGACUGGUUUGGGGAAGCACAAUGUACCAUAAAGACGACCUUCCCUUUGAUGCUCGUAGUGUUCCUGAUGUCUACACAGAGUUCCGCAAGUCCGUUGAAGCGAAAUCCAGAAUCAGACAAUGUGUCAAGCUUCCCAUGUCUCUAGCACCACUUCCACCCGUCGCGGUGGAAGAUUGGGGGAGCAUUCCGACGGUUGAUGGUCUUGGCCUCCAACCUCAACAGGUUAGCAAAGGGAUGAGGUUUGAAGGAGGUGAGAGUGCUGCAAUUGGCAGAGUGCACGAGUACUUCUGGCAAAAGGACUUGCUUUGCGUGUACAAGGAGACGAGGAACGGGAUGUUGGGAUCCGAUUACUCGACCAAGUUCUCCCCCUGGCUGGCCUCUGGAUGCAUUUCGCCACGGUUCAUUCAUGAUGAGGUGAAGAGGUAUGAAAUGGAGAGGCUAGCAAAUGCUUCCACUUACUGGGUGUUGUUCGAGCUACUCUGGAGAGAUUACUUCCGCUUCAUAUCGAUCAGACAUGGCAACUCCAUUUUCCAGUUAGGUGGCCCAAGAAGAGUGGAGAAGAGAUGGAGCCAGGACCAGAAGCUGUUUGAAUCCUGGAGAGAUGGCUGUACAGGGUAUCCUUUGAUAGAUGCAAACAUGAAAGAGUUGUCAGCAACAGGAUUCAUGUCAAAUAGAGGAAGGCAGAUAGUAUGCUCGUUCCUGGUUAGGGACAUGGGCAUAGACUGGAGAAUGGGGGCAGAAUGGUUCGAGACUUGCCUUUUAGAUUAUGAUCCCUGUUCUAAUUAUGGCAAUUGGACAUAUGGUGCAGGGGUUGGAAAUGAUCCGCGAGAAGAUCGUUAUUUCAGCAUUCCGAAGCAAGCACAGACUUACGAUGCUGAAGGAGAGUAUGUGUCAUACUGGCUUCCCCAGCUGCAAAAUCUGCCGAAAGAGUCGCGUAACUUUCCUGGGAAAUCGUACAUCAAUCAAGUUGUACCUCUAAAGUUUGGUGGCAAACCUAAUUAUAAGAGCCAUGCUCAAGCCACAACCUACAAUGGCAGGCAGCAGCAGCAGAACAGCCGUGGAGGCAGAGCGACCAGAGGAAACAAGAGAUGGAACUAAAGCAUGUCGACGAGAUCACUCUUGGUACAGAGCAACAAUGAUGGAAAAGCAGCAACUUUGUUGAAUAAAAUUUCAGUUCUGCCUCAUUUAGGCAGGAGAUUAUCUUGAAUGAAUGGAAAGAACGCUUUGCAAAUUUACAUUGGAGGAAGAACAAGCAAAACCAUGUAUACGUUGUGUGUUAAGUGAUUCAAAUUUUCCGUGUACUCUGAUGACUAGAUGAGAAUCGUAGCGGUCUUGAUUCGUGAUGCCAAACUUAGCAAGCCUGUAUAUAGCGUUCCAUUGAACUGAGAAACUCCAUGCAGCAAUUUGAAAUGGAUU